AUGGCAAUGUUAAUGGUUUUUGCCACUGUCCAAAAUGGUGGCAACUAUCUUGCAAUGACUAAAUUAGUGAAUGGUGAAUCUAAAGCCAAGGAUGAACUUGGUGCCAAAUUUGAAGAAUUCAUUGAUAAACAUGGGUAUGAAGGAGGUUCUGUGGCCGCCAUGAAAAAUGGACAGUUAGUGUACGCGGCAGGAUUUGGAACGGAUCGCUUUGAUAACAAACUAUCGGCCAGUUCUCUAUUUCCAGUUUCCAGUGUAUCAAAGUCUUUCACGGCGAUAGCCAUUAUGCAGCUCGUUCAGAAGGGACUUUUAGGCCUGGACGAGAAGGUCUUCGGUAAAGAAGGCGUCUUACACAUGAUCCAACCGUUUCAGGAUCUCAAGGAUCCACGGAUCUAUGACAUAACAGUGGAUCAUCUAUUACAUCAUACUGCUGGUUGGGAUCUGUCUAAAGGACCAAUUUACGAUCCUGUUAUGAACGAACUCUACCUCAAAAGAGGUCACAAAGUGCCAGACAUUCUGAAGACGAUGGGCCACUCGGAACCAUUGACGCCAUCUGAAACCAUGAGAUACAUGUUCUCGCAGAAGUUGGACUUUACCCCUGGCACAAAAAUGGUUUAUUCUAAUUUCGGGUACAUUAUUUUAGGACGAAUCAUCGAAGAAGUUGCCGAAACCAGCUAUGAGGAUUAUAUAAAAACGAACAUUUUAGUGCCUUGUGGAAUGUGGCACACUCGAAUUGGUGGCUACGACGAUAAUGUCGAGAUCGUGAAUCUGGGAACGAGCAUGACGGACCCGGACAAGCCAGCUGACAGCUUCGAGGAUCGCGACGUUUCUUUGUACGACAUCUUGGAUCCUCAAGAUAUUGAUUCCGCUUUAGGAUGGCAGUCUAACGUCUACGAUCUGAUGCGUUUCAUGCGAUGCUUAGACACGAACCACCAUGGACAACUGCUUGAAGAUGAAUUCUUCCAAAAACUGCUUCUCCGACCAGUCGCAGCUCCAAUUCAACAUAGUGAUACUUGGUAUGGCGCUGGCUUUAAAAUCAAUUCUCACAGUGCUAUUUGGACUCUAGCCGAUCCACACACGGACGACCUUAUUCUCUAUCACAAAACAAAAGAUGAAUCCACACCAAAAGAAGCUCACGAUGUUGACUCGUUCGUGUUUCUGAUGAAUGGAAAAGGUCUACAACAUCUGAAGCACAAAUCGCACGAAUUGGUGUCAUCUCUUAAAGCCGAGUCCGACUUUAACCUUUUCUACGCCGAUCUAUCGGACUUGUGUAAUUCUACAGGCUAUAGAGAGAUGGUGGUCAAAUACAAGCUAAAUGAACAUCAUCUUGGUGCCUACAUCAAUGCCUUAAAACUGGAAAAUCUCGACUUACAGUGGAUUAGUGCUUCUAAUAUAAACCAAAACACUCACUUCACCAUCAUUUCAAAACCAUUCGAACUCCCGCCAAAAUAUUCGCUGGACAAACACGACUACAUUGUUCAACAUGGGUUAAUGGGGGAUAAAUUAUUGAGGCAAAAGAUCUUACUGGAAGGUCGGGGCUAUAAUAUGACAUUCCUUCAGAACUAUAAAAGCAUUUCACACGACUCGCGACAUGCGUUUCUUGCCAUUUUUAGAAAAGGUGCUUACGACAACAAUACUCAAAUGAAAUUCGGUAUUCACCACUUUCCGAGACCAUAUAUGAAAUUAAUCGAGCUGUAUUUGGAGAAGGGUUACCAUCCUUUAGUUCAGAGUUACAUCUUACACGAGGACGAGCAGAAAAUAUCCUUUAUUCUGUUAAAACAGAACGAUACGCCAAAAGUUAAUUUUAAAAUGUACUACGGGUUAACGACUCCAAAACUACAAAGAACAGUAAAAAUAAACGCUAAAGCCGGACGCAAACUGUCUUACUUAGACGUCUCCAAUCAUUACGGGAAACCUAAAUUCUCGGCAGUGUUUACAAGGGAGGAAGCGACAAAAUGGUUGUUCCAAUUAGGUCUAUCAAAAGAUAAAUUAGAAACUUUGAUAGUUCAGAAAGCGGACACUAAUUACCAUCCCAAAUUAAUCAUUUCUUACCACGAUAAAGACAAGAAAGAUAAAUUCGCCGUUUAUUUGGAAAAAUCAUCAAAUUUGUAAUCUUUUAUAUUGUAUGACUAUUAUUAUUAUGAUUAUUCUACAUACCAGUAAUCGUAAAAAUCGAAAAAAUCAGGAUGGACAAAACCUUGCAUGGGUCACAGAAUUCGUAUAAAAAUUGGAGAGGAUUUGAGAGAUUUUAGUGAAGGAGCUAUAUAUGGAUCACGGAAGGGGCUGCUGAGUUGAGCUAUCUUCUUAAAGAAUGUAUAUUUUGUGUAUAUAACAGAUGAUUUUUUACAAAUUUAAUAUAAAUUGCAAAAAGAUUGAUUUUAAUCUAUUAAUGAGAAUUUCAGUUUUCAAAUUUAAAGGUAUCUAGUGUCUAAAUUAGUCCGAAACAUCGAAAUAGAGGCUGGAAUAGAGUCAGAUGUUUCGUUUUAUGUCUAAAUAUGUGUUUUACCAGCUAAUUUACAAUCGUGUUGAAUUGUAUGAGAACCAUAAGUCAGAUUUUUAUUCCUUAAAGUGAUAUGAAAUGGAUGAAAUUGAGCUAUCAACUAGCAUAGCAGAUAUUUAGACGGCUGCAUUCACUUAAGCAUUUAAUGCGAACUGGAAAUUUGAAUAACGACAAAACAGCUAUGUAUGGAAGGGCAUCAGUGCCAAAAGUCGAUGCUAAGUAGAAAUGUCUAAUUCACUAAUGUUAUGUAGAUAAUACAGAUAUUUUGUGUUAUGCCCUUCCAUAGCUAUGUUGGUAUUUCGGGAUCGUGAUAUUGGGACCAAAAAUUUUUGCAUUGUAUUGGAUGGUGUUCAUAUUGCUGAUAAUUUGUGUAUAUUAUUUUAUAUUGUUAAAGUGCCUCAUAUACUUAUAAACAUU